AAGCAAAUCGAUUUCAUGUCGGCGAAAAGCUCUCAACGAGGUCAAAAUGUGUUUUUUAAGCUUAAUCCGCCUUUACUAAAGAUCAAGGAGUAUACUUGUACUCCGGCUAAUAAAGGAAAGGUUUUUUCAUUUGAAAUUUCAGUUUGACUCUGAUUAGAUCCUUAGCGCAAGCGCUAAGUAAGCAAGCUACCUUAUGUAAUGUAAAAAAAACCGAGGUAUUGAAAAUAACGUCAAGUAGAAACGAACAAGGUCUUACGGCACGAUCACUAUAUCUUUUCUUUUCAUUUUUUUUAUGGAAAGAGGGGAUGAUACGUGGCGUGGUAUACCUAAUCGUUUGGUCAACAAGACGUACGUAAGUCGACAUAGCUCCAUGUAUAUGUUCUUUGGCCAUAAAUAGAAUGAAAUGAAAUAAUGGUGAGCCUAGGGCGACGAAUAUGGCUCAAGGGUGUCUAUACAAAGCCCUUCUCUCUCUUAUUCAUUCAAAGGGCCAAUGCACCAGCCAGCCGGUGUGGUGGCGAACACGCUGUGCUGUAAGCCAAGCUGUUCACCUUGUAGACGGAGGAGAUAUAGAAAGUGUGCCGUGCGUGAAAAAAAAAAGAUUCUAUAGUAGCACCAGUAUAUUAUUUUAUUUCACUUAGCCUGCCUCCCCCAUGACUUUCCGGACCAACCAACCCAGAUCUGCCCUCGCAAGUCUCUCUGCAUUUUGGGAGCAGAGCAUGCAAAAUCGAUCGAGCAAUGGAUGGAUCUUAGAAGAAUUCCACUUUGAACAGCACGACUCUUUCUAUUUUUUUCGCUGUUCUUUCAGAACCUUCGGAACCUCCUCUUUCAAUCGACACACUCGACGCAGAUAGCUCCGGUGGCCCCUCUGCCUCUAUCAGGCGGCGGCAGCCCCCACCUCCGCAGCCGCAGCAUGGAGGAGCAGCUCCUUAAUCCGCACUACAACCAAUCCAAAUUCUCUCCGGAUCGAUAUAUGAUGAUGCUAAACCGAGACCGAGAUAGAGAAAGAGGGCAAAAUACUGCUGAUGGGUUGUUGGCUUUUCGAAAAAGCACUCAUAGGAAUGGUGCUAAUUCCCAUGUUCUUUUUAGUCUCGCUUGGUUUCGAGAGCCUCCCCCUACCCUACCCCUCUCUUACUCGUCUUUUGAAAGCCGUCAUCCCGGAUUUGUUUUUUUCGUAUGCCGCCUCCCCUUUCGUAAUUAAUUAUUAUUAAUAUUUCCUCAGGUCUCUAUAAAACAGAAUGAAAAGGCGGGUGAAAACACAAACAAAAAGAGAGAAGAAAAGUAGAAAGGGGGGAAGAAGUCUAGUGCUAGUUCUUACUGAAACUUUUUUAUUUCACUUGAAUUUUUAUUUAACUUUAAUAGAAAGAAAUAAAGGCGCAUACGCGGGAAGGGGGCCCCACUACUUCCAGGGGUGGGGACUAGUUAUUUCUUACUGGGCGAGAGGUGCACCUAAGCCACCUACCCACUCAUCAGGUGUUCAGCUGACUUGCACAGAAAGACCCCUAACGUAUUUGAAUUCGGCGACCCAUCUUUUGACUGUUGUCAACUAAUCUUUUCAAUGUUCGAUUCUACUCUAUGUUAGAACAUUUCUUUGAAUGCUAUUUCGAUCUAAGUGGUCUUAUUCUGUGUCCCGUGCUAGGAAGCAUUAUGAUUCUUUUCAUUCCAAAUUCAAGAAUACGACUGAUACGAUUGAUUGGUCUGUGCGCUUCUCUUAUUACUUUUUUGUAUUCCCUUGUUCUUUGGAUACAAUUCGAUCCUUCUACGGCCAAAUUUCAAUUUGUGGAAAGCCUUCUCUUGCUUCCUUAUGAAAACAUCCAUUUAGUUAUGGGUAUAGACGGUCUCUCAUUAUUCUUCGUGAUAUUGACCACAUUUCUGAUCCCUAUUUGCAUUUUAGUGGGUUGGUCUGGUAUGAGAAGUUAUGGGAAAGAGUAUAUUAUUGCAUUUCUCAUUUGUUCAUUUCUAAUGAUCGCCGUGUUCUGCAUGCUGGAUCUUCUACUAUUCUAUGUUUUUUUCGAAAGCGUGCUAAUCCCUAUGUUGUGCGGAGCUGAGCAUCUUCUAUUCGCUGGGCUCAUUUCCUCUGCAGGGGCCUUGUGCAGUAAAGCCCCUAUGGGCGGUCCUCCGUCGUCGUAAAGUAGUAAAGGUCCCCGCGAAGCUUUCGGGAAGAGGGCUAGUCUUGUGUGUAAGCAUAGCAUUUCUGGUCGAACCACCGAACCACACAUCUUUUUUUGGUGGGAGGGUACUCCGAGUAGUGGGUACCUCGUAGGACCUCGACCCGCCUACUCGGGUCUUGUAUGGAUAUGCAGGAAGGGGUGCUCCUAGGUCUGUGUAGGGGGUGUCUUUGUUCGCGAGAAUGGAUUCCUCGUCAAGUCAGGGGGGUGUGGACACACUUGCGCGAAUUCGGGUAAGGGCUACAAGGGAUAAAAAGAAAGGGACGAGCGAUAGCGACGUGGCCGACCAGGGAUGGACGUAAACUCGUAAGCUACCGAGGGUAGGGAUAAUCGUCCAGGUCUUCUUGUUAAACAAAGCGCCCCGCCACAGCAGGCAGGUUGCUUCCUCUGUCGUCGCCGGGGAGCUCUUUGCGAGUAGACCUUAGGAGUUCUUGCUAAAACUAAGGGAGGGGAGGAUCGACCCGUUCAGUAUAAUUCCGAAGAAAGACUGUUGGCGUGGAGACAGAUCUUUGGCCCCCUUCAAAAGAAAUGCGGGCAGGGUAGAGCUCGGGAGAGGGUUCGAGAAUAGGGUAGGGUCUUGUCCUAAAGAUGAAGAUCAAAAAAGGGGGGGGUCCCGCAUGCAUCUCCGUACAAGUGGAGGCCGGAAAGAUCAAGAUCAAACAAUUGAACCGCUCACAUCACAGUAGUCGUAGUUGCGUAAAGGCCGUCAGUCGGGGGCCCACGGAGCGGUGCUAUGCCUUUCACUGAUCUCUCUCUCUCUAUCUAUAUCUAUCUAGAGAGAUCUGCUGCGUGAGCAACCCGACUGUGCGUUACAUGUGCUCUACAGGCCGCACUCAUCUUCCCAACGACAACGAGCCAUUUUUUUUCUUUCUUGGCGGGUUGGGUGACGGUCGGGCCCCCUACCACUAGUCCGGCUAGCUAGUGAGCGGUUCUUUCGGGCGGGAAGCAGGCCGGGCCCUACGGGCGGGCAUCUCCCGCUACGCAAGCUGCAUUGUUCGCCAUCACCCGAGAAGCAAAAGAAAAGAGAGUCAAGGCGAAAAAGACAAGCAUAGCAUAGUGGUCUAAUGACAAGGGCCGACGUUGGAAGCUCGGGACGGAGCCGUAUGAAUAGGAAGUCUCACGUACGGUUCCCUGAGAAGGGAGUGGCUACCCACUUCCGCUUCGACCAAGCACCACCGGUCAAUUCCGCUUUGGGGCCACCCCUUACUCUACCAUUAUAAUUGGGGUAUGGGGUUCGAGACAAAGAAAGAUCAAGGCAGCAUAUCAGUUUUU